AUGUCGGACACCAUGAUACAUAUGCGGGAAGCCAUUGCCACUAAUGGUUACCCACAAAUAUGGCAAUCUUCAUACUGCAAUGGUUAUGAGCAUCUAUCAUCUAACUUGGCCCUCACUGUCCCUAUGGUCACAUUGUCCAACUCGAUCCGACAAUCGGGACCGCCAUCGACGGACUGCACCACCCGAUCCUUUUCCCCCCUGCUAACCAACUCUGACAUCUUCAAUGUGCUCGUGGUGAUAAUCUACUCUCUGCAUUUGCAAGAACAGCCCUCUGGGACGCGCGCAACGCCCGCAGCAGAUAUCUCACCCUUCGGAAGGCCCUGCCUUAGUGGGCUGUCGGCGGGAUGGGGCACCUGGGUACUCGGGAGGCCGCCAUAUGUGCGGCAGCGCGAGCACUCCCCGUGGGUGGUUGUGGUGAGGGGUGGCGGAAUCGGAGACUGCAGGAUGCUGAGAGGGGGUGCUGAGGGCCUGUCUGACGUGCUUGUUAUUACUCUGCAUGUACCUUGCUGUACGGAGUCUAAACAUCGCAUUCAAAAAAAGGUCUGGUCAAUGCCUCAAACACGCUCGACUGCUGCUGUUGGCCAUGGACAAGCUCGCGACAUCAAGCCCAGGGUCUUGGUCGCUUCAGUAGCAACUCCCGUCUCUUUCUCUGCGUUCUCUGCCGUACACCGAGCUGAACUUAAAGAAACAUGGGAAAUCCAUCCGAGAAUACCAUCUCUUGCAUCGCGCAAGGCGUGGGCAGAGGCUCGCGGCAUCGACCCAGGGCAGGUGCACGCCUGGUUUUCGCGCCGGAAAUACAGGGCAACCAAAAAAGGAGAACGAGUGCUAGAUGGCGAGUACGAUCUUCCUAUCAGCCUUAAAGACCAGAAAACAAGCUCUUGCACGGGUACGAAACGCAAGCAGGCUGCCGUGAAGCGGGAACGUUCUCCGACCCCAACGCUCGACUAUCCGAGAAGGAAACGCCAACGAGCGACACCUGCAGCUGAUGCCGGAUCGUCGUUUAUAUCCAAAUCUACGCAGAAAAACGCUGGGUCUCAACCAAGUGAUCCAGCUAUGGAGGCGUCUGCUCACAUACCGCAUACUCGCGCUCACGACAAGAAGGCACACCCGUUGUGCCUCAUAUGCUCUGGGGUACAACUACCUUCUGUCUCAAGAUUGCCUUCGUCAGGACCUGUGCUAUCCCCGCCGAGCUCUUUCUACUCUGUGCCUGAACUCUCCUUUGAUUUUCCUUCCUCUGACUUUGACUUUGACGGUCCAUCCACUCCCAGAGGUCUCGAACAUGACAAUGACUCUGCUAUAGUGCUUCCUAUCGAUGAGAAUAUUGACGAUGACGCAUACACCCACUCGAGUGCCGCCAAGAACCAGAAUCUUGACUAUCUGAAGCAAAUGCCUACCGCGCAUACCCUCUCUGAGGAUAUUUCUUCACCGAAAGCUGUAACUUCGUAUCUGCCUCCGCGUCAAAGGCGCAAACGUAUUACGUUCGACGACAAGACUGGUCCUAAAGGUGGCUAUGGCUCUUCUGGGUCUUCUGCUCCGCUGAACCCCUCUGUAACCAACUUUGGCCAUGAUGUGCCUACUGCCCCUGAAGAGUAUUCUCAUGUCCAUGCGAAGAAUCAGACAAAGCCUACGGCAGAUCGCUAUGGUGCUCGCCACGAUGCUGCGUGCAGCAGUACCACUGACGACCAUGGUACACUGCGCAACUCUGUUCUAGGCUCGAAUCCUACAUCGAUACCUGCUGUUCUUAAUGCAGAAACGAACAAUACGAGGCUUAGAGAAAGUUCCACAGCACAAGGGUACCAGAGUGGGGCUCCAAACACCGCAACUAUUAAGACUCAGAAGAUUUCAUGGCGAAAGCUGGUUAUUGCUACUGCGACCAUGGAGAUGACGCAGAAGGACAACAGGCGGAAGACUAAAGGCACCCAACCAACACGCGCUGCACAAGCGGGGGCUCCACCAACGAAGACGAAGGCCGCGAAAACAAAAGGCAAGGAUAACCCGCCGAUAAACACAGCGCACUUGCAAGAGGGUCCAUCUUCAAGCGUGCAUCCAUCUACCUCGCAAGUUAGAGCGAUCGCUGGCGAAGCCGGUCAAGGAGAUGAGGCUGUCACCGGCCUCUGUGAGCGCUUCGAGAGCCUCAGAGUCGGUCCGAAACGAAGAAGGAAGAAGACUUCGGGUGGCACCGCCAAGGCGGCGGUGAAGACGGAACCUCAACCGAUGCCGCUCCCCGUGGCGACUGGCCAACCGGUGACAGCGAAGAAGCCCAAGAAAGGAAAAAGACAACAGGGGGUUACACAGAAAUCGCAGGCGGUCGGGCAAGGUUUGCAGAAGGCCAAGAUGCAAGUCGACAAGAUGCGUGCAGGACAUAAGGAGAUUCGUAAGUAUUCUCGAUUACCCAAGACCGCGGGCGAGGGACAGUGGAGGACCAAGGCUAUCGAACCCAUCGACGUCUCGAUAAUCCCUGCACAAGUCGACCGCCGGCCAACUACUCCUUCACCCACUGCAAAUGCGUCAUCAAAUAUUAUGUUCCGGAAUUCGCCGUUCCGGCCUCCGCGUCCCUACACGUAUUCGCAGGAGGCGCUCGCGGCCUUCAACGAGAUUGUAUGGAUCGAGGACGGGUUCAACGCGAUGGAACUCAGUGCGUUGGUCAAGCUGGCAGCGGGCUCGGCGCAGGAUGAAGCUUCCAGCAAGCUGGUGACUCGCUCGUGUGGUGCCCAAGAGGGCCCAUUUGCUCCGCCUGAUCUGUCUCAUUUGCAGGGGUUGGCCUGGCGGAACAACCCUGCAGUAUACCUAUACACUGACGUUGACAUGCCGCAGGAAGUUAGGUCGCUGUUCGGGAUUGAAGAGAAGGUGGCGAUCGAGUGGAUCGAGGCAAGUGACCGUGUCAAUCGUGAAGUUGGGCUCGUGGUGUAA